UAAAGAGUCAGAAGCAGUCAAUAUAGUGGAAGCUUCACUGUUACCGUGUAACGGUGAAAUUGUAGAUGAUGAUGUAGUUGACAGGGAAGAGGUCACUGUUGAUAAAUUAAGGGAUAUGCUCGACAAAAUUGACACGACAAAGGAGUCGGUCAGUGACUCAGCUGGUGCGACGAAUGCAUUACGCGACGAGCUUUUAAAGGAUGAGAAAUUCCAUCGUUUUGCGAACAUGAUCUUCUUCGUGCAUGAAUCUGUUCCGUCGAUAAUGACGCAGUAUGUGAGAACUGUUCUCAGAAUGCAUGGCGGUGAG